CCUCGCCGUCGCCCCCGCAGCCCGCCCCGCCCGGCCCCGGCGUGGGGGCCUCGGCCCCGGGGGGCGGCGGCGGCGCGCCCCCUCCUCCGGCCCCGCCGGGGUCGGGCUCGGCGGCCGGGGGUCGCCCGGUCCAGAUGAACCUCUACGCCACCUGGGAGGUGGACCGGAGCUCGCCCAGCUGCGUGCCGAGACUGUUCAGUUUGACCUUGAAGAAGCUCAUUAUGCUGAAAGAGAUGGACAAGGAUCUCAGCUCGGUGGUGAUUGCUGUAAAACUGCAGGGUUCAAAGCGGAUCUUGAGGUCCAAUGAGAUUGUUUUGCCCGUCAGUGGACUUGUGGAAACGGAGCUCCAGCUGACUUUCUCGUUACAGUACCCUCACUUCUUGAAGCGAGACGCCAAUAAACUGCAGAUCAUGUUGCAGAGAAGGAAGCGCUACAAAAACCGGACCUUCCUAGGCUACAAAACGUUGGCGGUGGGCCUGAUCAACAUGGCUGAGGUGAUGCAGCAUCCCAGCGAGGGGGCCCUGGUCUUGGGACUCCACAGCAACGUGAAAGACGUCUCUGUUCCAGUGGCGGAGAUCAAAAUCUACUCUCUGUCCAGCCAACCCAUCGACCACGAAGGACUCAAAUCCAAAUUAUCAGAUCGUUCCCCUGACAUCGAUAACUACUCAGAGGAAGAGGAGGAGAGCUUCUCUUCCGAGCAGGAAGGCAGCGAUGACCCCCUGCACGGGCAGGAUUUGUUCUACGAAGAGGACGAUCUUAGGAAGGUGAAAAAGCCGAGAAGGAAACUGACCUCGGCUUCUGCAAUUACUCGGCCAAACAUUAAGCAGAAGUUUGUGGCUUUGCUGAAAAGGUUCAAAGUCUCAGAUGAGGUCGGCUUUGGACUGGAGCACGUUUCCCGAGAGCAGAUCCGGGAGGUCGAAGAAGACCUGGACGAGCUUUACGACAGCCUGGAGAUGUACAAUCCCAGCGACAGCGGCCCUGAGAUGGAAGAUACCGAGAGCAUCCUGAGCACCCCAAAGCCAAAACUCAAGCCGUUCUUUGAGGGCAUGUCUCAGUCGAGCUCCCAGACCGAAAUUGGAAGCCUCAACAGCAAAGGAAGUCUCGGCAAGGACGCCCCCAGCCCCAUUGAAGCCUCUGCUGGAGACAAACUGAGACCAAAUCGGAAUAAAAACAUUGAUGACAGUAUCAAUGAAACAGACAUGCUGGAAGGGAACGAGCAGGAUGCUUUCGGGGACUUAGCCACCACAUUAAUUAUCCCAGAAAAAGUCAAGACGCCGAUGAAAACGAGCAAGGGAGAUCUCCAAAGUAUGGCCUCGCCGAGCAAAAUGGACAGCGCCGUGCACACUCCACGUCAGAAACGCAGCACCCCGCUCAAGGAGCGUCAGCUGUCCAAGCCGCUUAGCGAACGCACCAACAGUUCCGACAGUGAAAGAUCCCCGGAUUUAUGUCACAGCACGCAGAUUCCUCGCAAGGUCGUUUACGAUCAGUUGAAUCAGAUCCUCGUGUCGGACGCUGCGCUGCCAGAAAACGUGAUCCUCGUGAACACUGUCGACUGGCAAGGCCAGUACGUAGCUGACCUCCUCCAGGAUCAGAAGAAGCCUGUUGUUUGUACAUGCUCCACCAUCGAAGUGCAAGCUGUCCUGUCUGCAAUCCUCACAAGGAUCCAGAGAUACUGUAACUGUAAUUCCUCCAUGCCGCGUCCCGUGAGGGUGGUGUCCGUCGGGGGCCAAAGCUAUCUCAGUGCCAUUUUGAGGUUUUUCGUGAAGCAGCUGGCAAACAAGACGUCGGACUGGCUGAACCACAUGAGGUUCCUCAUCGUUCCGUUAGGAUCUCAUCCAGUCGCUAAAUACUUGGGCUCCGUGGACAGCAGAUACAGCAACAUGUUUCUGGACACCUCCUGGAGAGAGCUGUUCAGCAAACCGGAACCACCCGCCAUCGAGCCCUUGGAUGUGGUCGGCCGGAUCACCCAGUACGUGAAUGGAGCCAACGUGACUCACCAGCUGCCCGUGGCUGAGGCCAUGCUGACCUGCAAACACAAGUUCCAAGACGAAGAUUCCUACCAGAAGUUCAUCCCUUUCAUUGGGGUGGUUAAGGUGGGCCUCAUUGAAGAUUCACCCGCCGCAGCAGGCGAGGGAGACGAUUCCCCCAUCAUCAGCCUCACGGUCCCCUCCACCUCUCCCCCUUCAACUUCGGGCCUUGCCAAGGACGUCUCCGCCACUCCCCCGUCCUCUCCCUCGAUGACCAGCGGAUUGGCUGUGAUGGGGUCUCCCAGCAGCCCUUACGGUGACGUGAUUGGCCUGCAGGUGGAUUACUGGCUAGCUCAGCCCACGGAGAAGAAGAAGGAAGGGGAGAAGAAGGACAGCAGCUCCAAAAACACCCUCAAGAGCGUCUUCCGCUCAGUCCAGGUCUCACGGCUCCCCAACAGCGGGGAGACUCAGCCCUCUGGGACCAUGGCCAUGACGGUCGUCACCAAGGAGAAGAAUAAGAAGGUGCCCACCAUUUUCCUGAGCAAGAAACCCAAAGAAAGAGAAGUCGAUUCUAAGAGCCAAAUGAUUGACGGCAUCAGCCGGCUCAUCUGCUCGGCCAAACAGCAGCAGACGAUGCUGAAAGUGUCCAUCGACGGAGUGGAAUGGAGCGACAUCAAGUUUUUCCAGCUGGCCGCCCAGUGGCCCACACACGUCAAGCAUUUCCCGGUGGGCCUCUUCGGCUCCAAGCCAGCCUGAGGGCGACGGCAGGACGCCUUCCCAGGCCCUCCGUGCCUUGCCGCGACGUGGCACCGCUGCCGUCUGAACCAUCUGCCCACCGAGAGCUGCGCUGUGCUCACUUCACCCGUGUUGCGUUCCUGUGUGUCGAUUGGGCUUUGCUGGAGGCGGGGAAGGCCCAGGCCCCGAUGUCCAAAGGAGAGGCUCGGUUCUCCUGUCCAGCCAAGGCGCUGCCGGCUGACUGCUUUCGUAUCUUGUGCUGCCACAUCGUGCCGUGGGCCUCCAGCCUCCAUCUGUGCCGAGCGUCCUGCCGCUUGAGGACAAACCCCUUUUCCACUCCAAAUCUCCUUCCUUGAGCUGGGUUGGCAGGCCGGUGCCCGAGUCUUCCUGAAGGGCGUCUCUCUGAACUCACGGUCCACAGAAAUCCGCCGCCUCAACAGCCGCCUUUGGUCUUCUGUUCCAGCAUUUGCUGAGCCAUCAGGGAGCUUGGGGGAGCUCCGCUUUCCAAGUCCUCCUCAUUCCGGCUUUUCCAAAAGCACAAAGUGGCAAGGCUCCUGGGGGCCGACUCAACCCCGGCUGUUAGCAGGAGAUGCCCCUCUUCAUCGCUCAAAACGCGCAGGGGUGGCAGAGGGAGUGUUCAUUAUCGUGCAGAGCUGCCUCUUCCUCCCUCAAGUGGACCAGCUCCAUCCUUUCAGCCCUCCCCAGUCUUGUAACUUUUUUUUUAAACCAAGGAAGGGAUGGUGAUGGUAAGGCCUCCCAUUCCUUUACAGUAUCAUCGUGAAGCGUGGGGUGGGAAGGCUUGAUCCCCACUGGACUAUUUGGCAUUCCCUGAAGCUCCUCCUGUUAGCCGCACCGGGCACUCCCGCGCAGAGGUGCCUCUCUCCCAGCUGCAUCCCAUAAUACAAAGCGCAGAGACCGCAGCCCAAUCUCGCCCCUUCUCCUGAGCCAUUCAUUCUUCUGGCAUGGACGUGCUGAGGAACCCCUUCGCCGUCUCCACCAGUGCCUGCUGGUCCCUGCUGUUUGUCUGGUGGCCGUGAGAAUCCAGCCUCGUUCCUGUUCCAAUUUUUCAACUUAAAAAAAAAAAAAAAACAGCCACCAGAGGAGGAUUUGCAGAAAUUCCUGGUGGUAUACGUGCUCUUCUGCAAGUCACAAAGCCUGCUAGAUGAUCUUCAUCCAAAGCCCUUGAUUUGGAAAGGAGCAAACAGAACAACCUUGCUCUGGGGGGGUUAAAUCCCAGCCCGCAAGUUUAAAUAGUCACCCCAAGAGAGGUCAGCCUACAGCCAGGCUUCAGGAAAAGAGUUUUUUCAAGAGCAAGGCUGCUUCAGCAGUGUAAGUCUGAGCUGAUCCAGUGGGGCAUCUUAAGGAACCUGAUACGAACUCCUUUCCCCCCUCCAGCAUCUUCCCUUUCACACCCCUCUAAAAAGUGAAAUCAGAAAGCUGCAAUUCUAGGGAAUAAGUGGAUGCUAUCCCACCUUUUUUUUUUUUUUUGGCAAGCUCAGACCUGUCUUGCUUUUCAUCUCAAUAUAAUCAGCAAUAAAAGACCUCCCCCCCCCGCUUUAGGGAGGCCUUCCAGACAAUGCUUUCAACGCAAAGCACGUGGCUUCGGCCAACCGCAGACUCUGCAGCUUGCCAUCGACCUUUUAAACGGUGUUCCUCAUAUUUAUGUUCACAUUUUAACGGUCCCAAAAUUCCGUUUUGGAUUGCUCUGUAUGAAAGGAAAAAAAAAAAUUGCCUACUUGGAAAUAGGAGUGCUGGUUUCCAAGCUGUUCCUGCGUUGAAGAAAAUACAGAGAUGGCAAUAAGGACGGCGACCAUCACAUGCCACUUGGGCAUCCUAAUUUCUGCUCACCAGAAAAAAAGUGACUUCAAGGUCUUGUUCUUCGAGCUGAUCCUCCCAAGGCCACAUUUGAGUUUGUCUUGGUGUUUUGCACAGAAGAACAACCUGCAUCAAGACUCCAGGUCCUGUUAGCAGGAUGGGGAUCACGGGGAUCAGCCAGCUGAGAGAGGAUCUCAUUUCCCUGGUUGAGAAGCCUCAGUGUCAGCAAUCAUCAGAGCUCUAAUUCCCGCCCCCCUCAAAUGAUUAGGCUCCUUCGGUUGAGGGUCUGCCUGUCUGCCCCCUUCCCCACCCUGCGAAUGGACCUUUGUCCCAAGGGGCCAAUGCCCCCGUGCCACGAAAGGGACAGCAAAACCAUCGCUCUAGAGCAGGGGGCUUUCUAAGCACAACUCUGAAUAUUCCUGCUGCUCCAGAGGGAGGCUGGUCUGUCUCACCGCUUCAGCUUGGAAAGAGAAUGCAGUCCCCUGCCAAAAUGCCCGUUUUAAAGGGCAUCGGAGAAAAGGGAACACAAGCCCCCUUCAGUAGCUAACAUCAAGACUUGACUCCUCGCGUGCUCUGCUUUCCUUCCAAUUUCCUGGGGUUUGGAUGUCAAAGAAGGCCCCAGUCAGAGAAUCCUGGACAGGCUUGUCCAGAGCCCCAAGUUCCUGAGCCGAAACGUGGCCCGCCGAGCUGGUGGCUCAGAAGGCACCGAGGGCUUUAAAGAUGAGAACGGUGGUAGAGAAGUUCUCCAGCCCCGGUCCGUAAUGGGGAGGGAGGGAUGGGUGGGCUCCUGCCCCACCAUUCAGACAGACCUCCAGGACUCACUCCUUUCUGCAGAAGGUCAUCAGAAAAUGUCCACCCUUGUGACACUCCCAGAAGAAAGAUCCCGGAUCUGUGCCCGAUGCUUCCACGCCAAACUGCGCCCCCCCCCCCCCCCGUCUUGACUGUUACAGUGACUCCAUCCGAGGACUGUUGUGUGUUUCUGUAUAUGCUCUGUAGAUUUUGCACAUUCCGGGCUUGAUUUUGUCAAUUCGGAUUAUCCACGUGAUCUGUAUCUUGGCUACUGUACGUAAACAUGAGUUUUGUAUAUAAUUUGGGGGGGGGGGGUGUAACUGCUGGUUCUCCUUUGUUUGGAAUGCAAACCUCCGAUUCCCCAACCGUUCCACGUUCAGAAUUUCUGGUUUGGAGCCAGAUUGGCGUUUUAUGCAUUUUGUUCUUGGGGUCUGUUGUCUCUCAACCUCCUCCCUGUUGGGGUUUUUUUCAUUAAAUAAAUUGUGGUUUUUUU